AUGGCUCCCGUAAGUCAAAUACGAAUAUGUGCCAUCCUUUGGCUGUUCUGUGCAGUCAGUGCAAGAGCAGACCCCAAUGAGAAUGCCACAACAACAAAGACAAUACGAACGACUCUCCUACCAUCAAGGACUACACGGACCGAAUUAAAGGUCUCCAGAAGUCUGAACCCACACGAAACUCAGACUCUAAAUGUGAGGACCAAGUCAGGUCACCUAACUCAACUGAUAGUCAAGAAAAAGGACUCAAAAUCAACCACAUAUGGAAGCACUACAACGCCUGCACCUACCACUAUUUCGGUCAGAACAACUCUAACGACCGCUAAAGAGAACGACACAGAAGAUAACAACAAAAAUAAAACAGAUAAUAGAGAUCAGCGUAAAUUACAUUUUGGUUCAGUAAGUAGUGAUUUAGCUGGCUUCGAUUAUUAUGUAAAUAGAAAUAAACACGACGACUUUGCUGAUGUAAAAGCUGAGUAUGGGAACUGGUCACCAGUGUCCGUUUACCCUGAGUCUCAUAUACAGGAAGACGGAAAGAAACCUGAAAACGAUCCUGAAACCUCAAAUUAUUACCCUACGUACGACAACGAUAAAAAGACAGAAAACAAGAGAGUUUAUAUUACGUCAGCUAGCUUCAUGGACUAUAAUGGACCCAUAAAAAGCUAUAGAUUCGACCCUCAUAAUCCUGUUAUUAAAAAUGACAGAAAUCCAGUUUACAUAGAAGUAGUAAGUACAAAGGUUUCUGAAGAUGAUGAAGAAAAAUCAUUUAAAGUCCCUGAUCCAGUCGUUAUUAAUUCUGAGUCAAUGUAUAUUAAAAAAGCUAUAGAGAAGUAUAAUAACAAGCGCGGCAGGUCUAUUUUAACUCUAGGUGAUGAUGGAAUACCUGAAAUACAAGGGGUUAGAAUGCCUGAUGAUGAAUCUGAUAAGAAAACAUGGAGAAAUGCAAGAGUUGUCAAUGGAGAAUUAAUACCUUAUCCAGAAGGCUAUACUCCUCCAAAGGCCAUUCCUGAAGCUGAUGUUUAUCCAGAUUUAGUUGCAACAGAGCCAUCACAAAACUUAGGACCUUUUACAAAAGAAGAUAAUUUUGAACAAAAUGAUGGUCCAUUCACAAAAUUCGAUAACAUAAAAUUCGAAAACGAUGAUUUUAUUCCCUCCACAUACAUAUAUAAGCCUAAAAAGGAAAUCCAUUACUUUAAAUCAGGAUAUGGUCCAUUUACUAAAGCUGAUAACUCAAAGGUAGCAAAUUCUAAACUUAUUGAAUAUAUUAAGCAAAUUAAUGACCAGGAGUUAAAACGAGAUUAUUUCAGUGGUCGUAGCUCACGAGCUCAUAACGGUGACUUAGAAUACUCGGAAAGUCACAUUCAAAGGCGAAUGCUACAGCACCCCGGAGAAGUAAAUUUUCCAAACUCUUUAAUGUACACUCCUAAAAAUGCUAAACCAGGUUUUGACGAGAGUGUAAGAAAUCCUGUUCUUCAAUACGCUCAUCCUGAACUUGGAGUUCAACCUGCAAAAGCUACACGUGAUGGCAUUGAGAACUAUAACAAAGAACAAAAAAUAAAAUAUUACACAAGCGGUCCAAAGAGCGCUCAUCCAUAUCCUAUGGAACCAAUCAAUGGGUACAAUCAACAGCGCAGUACGAGCAAUGGCCCGAACGCAAAUAAAUACUAUGAAGAUGAAUAUAAUAAAUUUUCUUACUAUGAUCACUCUCAAAACAGAUAUCCAUAUAGUUAUGGCUACGUUAAAAGAGCUCCCGAGCCAUCAUUAUGGCAAAGAUUUACCGAUUCAAUGAAAGACACUAUCCACACCGCCAGCCAAACUGUUCAUCAAUUUACUAGACCAUUAAUGGAACCUAUUGCUAAAGUGACUCAGCCUGUACUGGACCCUCUCGUUGAAGCAACUCACAAAAUAUCGCAUAAUUUAGGUCUUUACCCAUCCAAUUCAAUACAAAGUCAAAGGUAUGCUCAAGAUAAGAUUGGUGUAGCAGCUGCAGCAUCAGGAGCUCCUGCAAUGCUGCCAGCUCUUGGACUCAUGGCUGGUGGAGCUGCUCUGGGAUUAGGAGCUGUGGCAGUUGGAAGACUUUUGGACGUCAACCUCAUGCGCAGUGCCCGUCAAGAUGAUUCCAUUGACGAAAUCGAGAAAGAGCACAAAAGAUCUUUUACUAAUGCACCAUACGAUAUUGAUAGAAAAAUUCUGAGCACACAACAGUUUUACGACGAUAACUAUAAAAUGCCCAGUGAAAACGUCUACGUAGUAAUGUCCCCUGAAGGUGUCGAGAGUCGAGCUAAGAGAGACGCUGUGAGCUUUUAUGAGCCUUAUCAAAACUUUUUUAUUAGACAAAGACGCAGUGUUAAAAGAUCAUUAGGAGAAGACAUGCCAGAUGAUUUACAGCAUUUGGAUAGGAGUUCAGGAUCUUCAAGUCUGACAUCUGCAGCUAUGGAUCUGGUGAAACAAACUGACUGGAGAGAUUCCCAAUGUGCCAAGUUCACGUUUUGUAAAGUGCUAACAUCACAAUCAUCAGAUUCAAUGUUCGCGAUGGAGAAAAAAAUGGAAUCUUUAUUAAAAAUGAUUUCCCGCGGCAGCACUGCGAACGCGUCCGCCGUGGCGCGGCAGCUCGGCGACGUGAUGGCGGCCAGCCGGGACCAUGACUGCGACAGGUUCCACUGCACCCCCCUCCGA